UGUCAUAUUUUUGCAAACGAUCAAAAUGAUAUUAUGCAUAUAGUAGAGAGUCUUAUCUGUUAAAUACAAAAAAUCAGAUUCAAACACCUAUGGAAGAUAUAAGCUUUAGAGUGGCGAUUUUAUACUAAUUGUUGACGUUAGCUGAGAUGCCUCUCUACCCUACCCUUAGGGAGACAAUUUUUGUUGUUUGCGCGUGGCGCGAAUUUACGAGUCUGACGACGAAGCUGACGACGAAGCUGACGACGAAGACGAAGCUGUUCUUUUGCCGACACUUCUGUCAAGUUUGUCUUUUCCUAAAAGGAAUUACUUCUUAUUCUCUGGUGAAAAAAUGGCAACCGUCAAUAUGGCGUUUACCUUUCGUAUCAAGAUAAUGUUUGAUUGCCACUUUUCUUAGGGAGUGGAAAGCUUUGUGUCGCCACUGGAUUAAGCUAAUGAACAGAAUGAAGAAGCUUCAAGACAUGCCCUCAAGCUUGUUGUUUAUCUAUUCAGUUGAUGUUGGAGCUUAGCAAUGUCAGCUCCUGAUAAGCCAGCACCUCCUGUUGUCGGGAAGGUUAUGCCUAACAGUAUUGAGUUGUACUGGAAUCAGGAGUCUACUGAAGACACCUCAGGAGGGAGGCUUCAAUACUGUAUCCAAGAGGAAGAAGAAGAUGCUAGGAAAGGAUUUGGAAAUGUCUACAAUGGUUUUGCCAAAAGCAAUGUGUUUAAAGGCCUGGAUGAAAACAAGACUUAUCGAUACCGCCUGCGCAUCAGUAAUGACCAUGGACAUAGCCCUUGGAGUCAAGUGAUAACUGUUACUACUACAAAAAUCCCAUUAUGUGGUUAUGAUCUUCACCGUGCUGUGCUUAAUUGGGAAGUAGAAAAGGUGCAAGCAAUUCUCGAAGAAAGUGUUGAAAACUUAGUUGAUUCUCCAGAUGCAUUUGGAAUGUCUCCUCUAAUGGUUGCAGCACAAAAGGGUUACACAAGCAUUGUAUCACUUUUGAUUGAACACAAUGCUGAUGUCAACUACUCCAAUGCAAGCGGGAAAAACAGCAUGAUGAUGGCCUGCUUUGGUGGUCAUUUAAAAGUAGCUCAUCAGCUGUUUGAACAUGGAGCAUCUGUAGACACCCGGGACAAGGGUGGAUCUUGUUGUAUUCACUGGGCAGUGGAUGGUGGAAAAACAGGCUGUAUACAGUGGCUAUUGGACAAUGGAAUUAAUGUUGAUGUUGAAGAUGAUUCUGGUUGCUCUCCGCUAAUAAGACUUGCUUCUAUGAAUGGCAGUGUGGACGUGGCCAGAAUUUUGGUUGAAAAUGGAGCAGAUGUAAACAAAGUGGACAAAUUCAGAAAGUCUUCACUGAUGGCAGCUGCUGUUAAUGGUAAUCUCGCCUUGGUUGAGCUUCUUGUGGAAAAUGGUGCAAAUUUACAUGCUGAAAAUGAGUAUGGGAAGACAGCCGUUGAUUUUGCCGAGUCCUUUGGAAGAAAGGAAGUCGCCGCUUACCUCACAUCACUGAUGCAAGGAAGUUCUGCAGAUGGUGAAGGUGAAAAAGACCCGACUGAACCAGAGGAUGUAGAGCUGUCUGACAACUGAUAUCAAGAAUGCUUCUUUGAAAAAGUGAAUACGUGCAGCCGAUGCCGUUUGGUGCCACAGAUGUUUUUCAAAGCAAAAUAUUUGGCUUGAUUCUUUGUUACUUCAACGCUACAUUCGUUACAACUGUCAGCUCAAAGCCGAGCGAUUUAGCCAAUCAGAGUGAACACUUAGGUAAAGAGCCAAUCAGGUACAGUCGCACACUUGACUUUCCCCGUGCUUUACACAGAUUGACAAGUUCUAUUUCGGUUCUGAUUGGCUCACUGCGUUAUUUGUUGCCACACGUUUGUCUCUGGAGAUCUGAAGAGUACUUCAUUUAUGUCUCGAUGUUGAAAGAUAUUUGUAAAUAUGCGAGGAAAAAACUAUAGAAUAAUAGUUUUCUCCAAUGAACAGGUAAAGAUUGAGAGCGAUUAAAAACGAAAAAAACUUUCA